AUGGCGCGGGUCUACGCCGAUGUCAACCAGCAGAUGCCUCGCGCCUAUUGGGAUUACGACUCUGUGAACAUCAGCUGGGGUAUUCUGGAAAACUACGAGGUCGUGCGCAAGAUUGGCCGUGGAAAAUACUCAGAAGUCUUUGAAGGCGUCAACGUGGUUAACUACCAGAAAUGCGUCAUUAAAGUCCUCAAGCCUGUUAAGAAGAAGAAGAUCAAGCGUGAAAUCAAGAUCCUCCAAAACCUUUCAGGAGGCCCCAACAUUGUUGCCCUCCUCGACGUUGUGCGGGACAGCCAAUCAAAAACACCGAGUCUGAUUUUUGAGCAUGUCAACAACAUCGAUUUUCGCUUACUGUACAAGGAGUUCCAGGAUUACGACGUUCGCUACUACAUCUUCGAACUACUCAAGGCCCUUGACUUCUGUCACAGUAAAGGAAUCAUGCACCGUGAUGUGAAGCCGCACAAUGUCAUGAUUGACCACGAGACGCGGAAGCUGCGCCUCAUCGAUUGGGGUCUUGCAGAGUUCUAUCAUGCAGGCACGGAAUAUAACGUUCGCGUUGCCAGUCGCUAUUUCAAGGGCCCUGAACUGUUGGUGGACUUCCAAGAGUACGACUACAGCUUAGAUAUGUGGUCACUGGGCUGCAUGUUCGCAAGCAUGAUCUUCCGCAAGGAACCAUUUUUCCACGGUCAAAGCAACGCCGACCAGCUGGUCAAGAUAGCCAAAGUCCUUGGCACUGACGAUCUGUUCGACUACCUCGACAAGUAUGAUAUUGAGCUUGAUGCGCAAUACGACGAGAUUCUAGGGCGCUUCCCGAAGAAGAGCUGGCACGCCUUUGUUAACAGCGAGAACCAGCGCUUCAUCAGCAAUGACGCGAUUGAUUUCUUAGAUAAACUGUUGAAAUACGACCACGCAGAACGACUCACAGCCAAAGAGGCAAUGGCUCACCAAUAUUUUGCGCCCGUACGACAGGCGGAAGCGGCGGAAGCGAAGGCUGCAAACAGUGCACACGCGUGA